AUGAGUAGUUUAGAUGGUCCGUUAGAGCUAGUUAGUCGAUUGGCUCAGUAUGAGCGACAAAUGAUUGUGGCUGGAAUUGGGCAGAUGGGUCAGGAAAGACUGGAGAAGAGUCGGGUCUUGGUUGUGGGUUGUGGAGGAUUGGGAUCUCCAGUCUUAUUAUAUUUAGCCGCGAUGGGUGUGGGAUGUUUAGGUGUAGCUGAUGAUGAUAAGGUGGAGAUAAGUAAUUUGAAUAGACAGAUCUUGUUUGGUAUGGAUAGUAUUGGGCGUAGUAAGACGGAAGUAGCUCGGGAACGGAUUUUAGGAUGUAAUAAACGGUGUCGAGUGAUUGAGCAUGGGUUUAUUACGCGGGCGAAUGUUUGGCAGAUUGGGGGUGGGUAUGAUUUAGUGGUCGAUUGUGCCGAUAGUAGGAUGGUCCGGUAUUUGCUUAGUGAUUAUUGUGCGGCUCGAGGCAUACCUUUUAUCUGUGGGUCUUCUUUGCGCUGGGAAGGUUCAGUGUACUUGUUUAAAAGUAUGUGCUAUCGCUGUGUGUAUCCGAAACUAAGUAGUAGGCGGCAAGAUACGUGUGCGAGUGCGGGCAUGGUUGGGCCUAUGUGUGGUAUUGUAGGUAGUGCAAUGAGUUUAGAGGUGGCUAAAGUGAUUUUAGGCCGUGAGAAACAGUCUUAUAUGCUGCAUGUCGACGGGGCGCGGAAUGACUGGUUGCGGGUGAAUUUUGGGUCUAAACCGCCUUGUGUUAUUUGUCAGAAGAAAGAUAGUUUGACUUUACGUGAAAUAAGGGACUGGAUAGACGAUCAAUCUGAUUUGUACUACGAUCCAGACCAAGUAGGACUUAGCUGCCCAAUCCCGGGAAUGGAAGAGUCUGGGCCAAUACUAACCCCAUCUAAACCAAUUCUUAAUACUCAACCGAAUCUUAAACAUACAAUUACUUGGGGUGAAGUACUAGCCGAACUCCCAGCUUAUUAUUUAGUUGAUAUUCGGACACCACAAGAAUACCAACUGUUCUCCCAUCCCCAGGCUAGUUCAUACCCUUUAGGCCAACUGAUUGAUAAUCCAGCUAAAGCCACUACCUUUCUCCGACAACAAGCUAAGAACAAACAACUGGUUAUCUUCUGUCGUAAUGGCAGUACCGCUCGUAAAUUCGCCCCUCUCCUUGGUGCCCUCAAUAUUCACCAAGGUAUUCAGCAGUAUCUAACUCUUCUUAACUCAGAUGAUCCACCUACUUCUUCUUAA